AACGCCUGCAUCCUGUUCACGAUACCGUUCUUCGGAUAGUUUCGCCACAUUGUUUAUAAACUCCUCUUCCAAAAUUUUCAGCGAUUUCUUCUCUCUCUCGGUUGUCACGAACAAAAUGAACUGAUAGAAUCUGUACGAGAAUUAUAUAGAUAGAAUUAUAUAUCAUCGUGGCCAGAUGUGGCUAAAUCAGGAAUACGAGAUCAAAGAAAUAUAUUACUUUCGCGAGUCUAAGUAAGAAGAACUGCGAGGGAUUCUUCGACAGUCAUUUGACACGAGAAACAACGCCGAGGAUACUGACUAUAAAAAACAAGAGAUACAACAUUAUGAAUAAGACAUAUAGCAGUUCUGAGAGCAGCUUGGACUCUAUCAUAUAUUACCCGCAGGACAAGCUGAUAAUACAAAAACAACCUUGGAGCAAGAAGGAAAUCGAAGUAGCAUUAUCGACUCUACCGGGAGGCAGCAUAGCUUUAUCUCUGAUUCCUACUCUUCAUAGCGAUGCUCAAAAGGUUCUGGAGAAAUUUCAAUGGUUUCCAAAAUGGCCGGAUACGUGUCUACUGAUUUCUAGCUGGCUAGGUCAUGUAGAAAUAGUUAAGGCUUUGUUAGAAAAAGGCGUGCCAGUUUCUACGAGGGACAGUGAUGGAAGGACACCGCUACAUCUGGCAGCAUGCGCCACGUCCACGAAGAUAGUGGAGGAGCUAUUGAAACAUGGUGCAGAUCCAUGUAAGUGGGAUUUCGAAAAAAAAUGCACCCCGUUGCAUUGCGCUGCCGCAGCUGGUUGCGUUGUUACUGUUACAUGCCUGAUCAAGUCAGGCGCAGAUGUGAAUGCUAGAAGAAGUCCACUUUGUUACGCCAUACUGAACAAUGCUGUGGAUUGCGUCGAAACUCUACUACAAGCAGGUGCUUGUCCUAAUAAUCUACAGGAUUAUACAAAGAUACCUUUGCAUGUGGCGGCUGGUUUGGGCAAUGUCCACUGCAGCAAAUUAUUGUUGAAUGCCGGCGCAAAACCUGAGACAAGAAACUCGAGUGAUCAAACGGCAAUGCACUUGGCAACGCUCGCCCAAUCUUCAGAGACGAUAGACGUGUUGAUUAGCGCUGGUGCAAGGGUGAAUGCAAAGGACAAUGAAGAAUGCACCCCUCUACAUGUUGCGGUUGCCGGGAAAAACAAUAAAUUGGUCAAGACUUUAAUAGAAGCAGGCGCAUCAGUUAACGAGGCGAACAAAUUCGGUUACACGCCGCUGCACAUCGCUGCUUUGAACGAGAGCUCAUAUAUAGUGAAAAUGUUGUUAUCAAAUGGUGGCGACCUAAUGGCGCGUACCAAAAACGGCGUCACCGCUCUUAGCUUCAUCGUACACCAUACUCCGGAGGCGUUAUGGCAAUUUGAGAUGCGUCUCGAUGAAGCAGUUUCAUUACACGCUCACGAGCUUGACGAUAUGGACCGUAAACUGCGAGUAGAUUUUCGACCAUUGGUUCCAUUGGGCAGUCGCAACGAAACGGACCUGGUGCUCUGCCUAGUACAAGUCGGUCAAGGUCAUAUAUUGAAGCAUCCAUUAUGCGAGAGUUUUCUCCAUUUCAAGUGGAAGCGUAUUCGCAAGUUUUUCCUGCUCAGUCUUCUGUUCCAUUUAAUCUUUGUCGCUUUCUUUACCGGUUUCGUCUGCGCGACAUAUUUGUGGCACAAUAAACAACUGAGCAGAGUCCUCUUCUGGCCAGUAUUAACUAUUACCUGGUUAUUUGCGAUUACAGAGAUCAUCCAAAUUACCUAUGGUAUUUGCUAUUAUGUUAAACGCUGGGAAAACUGGUUACGGUGCAGCGUGAUCAUAGCAUCCAUCAUCAUCUUGAUUCCUCCAGAGCGGCAACAUCAUGCUGCGCUAGGUAUUCUGCUGGCCUGGAUCGAGCUGAUGAUUGUGCUCGGUUAUUUACCCAUGUUUGGCCUCUAUGUACAAAUAUUUACGCGAGUGUUCAUCAAUUUCUUCAAAUAUUUUGCAAUCUACUUUUGUCUUAUAAUCGGCUUCUCUCUUAGCUUUUGUGUGCUGCACGGCAAUUACAAGUCCUUCGCUGAUCCGCUGCUCAGUAUGCUUAAGAUAAUAAUUAUGAUGUCCGGUGAGCUGGAAUUCCAAGACAUUAUCUUCGAUAAAGAUCUUAAGUAUCCUGGCACGAUGUAUUUUAUACUUUUUUGCUUCGUUAUUCUGGUGACAGUGAUACUAAUGAAUCUAAUGGUUGGUCUGGCUGUGUCCGAUAUCCAGGAGUUACGUAGACGCGCGGGUCUCGAACGAUUGGUGCGACACGCCGAGGUAAUAGCUCGCUUCGAAAACAUGCUGUUCUCUAAGUUGCUUGAUUACAUUCCCGCGCGUAAAAUAAUACAAGCGUGCAGAAAGAAUAUAUUAUUGUUGAAUUCGGAUCAUUGUGAUGGCCUACGUAUUCGGCCGAUGAGUUUGCCACAAGAGAUCAUUCAGUCGUUGUAUCGUAAGGCCAAUAAUAUUUUUGUGGGAACGCCAACAAGCAAGAUAAUAUUUAGAUAUUCUGAAUAUUCUGAAAAUUCAAAAUCAUGUUUACUCAAAAAAAUUAUCCAUCAUAAAAAUGAAUUCAUGCGUUGUGUCAAACUUGACGACUUGGUUACUAUUUUGAUUUUUAUCUUGAUGAACAAGAUAAUACCGUUCGAGAGCAGAUUUGUCGAUGCAUUUAUGAUAUUAUUAAUCCUUUAUUUUCGAUAUCAAUCUAUCACGGCGUCAUACCAAUCUAUUAUCGGAUGCGGCCGAUAUUGGCGUGAAGGAAUCUCUCUCUCGUUAAACCUCGCGAUGAACGGAUCGCCACUGAAUACGAGAUCAAAGAAAUACAUUACUUUGGCGAAUCUGAGUAAGAAGAACUUCGAGGGAUUCUUCGGCAGUCAUUUGACACGAGAAACAACGUCGAGGAUACAGACUGCCAAAAACAAGAGAUACAACAUUAUGAAUAAGACAUAUAGCAGUUCCGAGAGCAGCUUGGAAUCUGUCAUAUGUCACUCAUCACAAGACGAGUCGACAACACAAAAACAACCUUGGAGCAAGGAGGAAAUCGAAGUAGCAUUAUCGAAUCUUCCGGGAGGCGGCAUAGCUUUAUCUCUGAUUCCUACUUUUCAUGGCGAUGCUCUACAAAAGAUUCUGGAGGAAUUUCGAUGUGUGACUCUCAACAAAAAUGAGGCUCGCAUAUCGCCCAUGUUCGUAGAUGAAAUUAAGCAAAAGAUUAUAUUGAUGGACGAAAAUAGAGCAGCGACUAUUCCGAUUCCGGGACAACUACUUCCAGAAUGGCCGGAUACGUGUCUACUGAUUUCUAGCUGGCUAGGUCAUGCAGAAAUAGUUAAGGCUUUGUUAGAAAAAGGCGUGCCAGUUUCAACGAGGGACAGUAAUGGAAGGACACCGCUACAUCUGGCAGCAUGCGCCAAGUCCACGAAGAUAGUGGAGGAGCUAUUGAAACAUGGUGCUGAUCCAUGUAAGUGGGAUUUCGAAAAAAAAUGCACCCCGUUGCAUUGCGCUGCUGCAGCUGGUUGCGAUGCUACUGUUACAUGCUUGAUCAAGUCAGGCGCAGAUGUGAAUGCCAGAAGAAGUCCACUUUGUUACGCCAUACUGAACAAUGCUGUGGAUUGUGUCGAAACUCUACUGCAAGCAGGUGCUUGUCCUAAUAAUCCACAGGAUUAUACAAAGAUGCCUUUGCAUGUGGCGGCUAGUUUGGGCUAUGUCUACUGCAGCAAAUUACUGUUGAAUGCCGGCGCAAAAACUGAGAUAAGAAACUCGAGUGGUCAAACGGCAAUGCACUUGGCAACGCUUGCCCAAUCUUCAGAGACGAUAGACGUGUUGAUUAGCGCUGGUGCAAGGGUGAAUGCAAGGGACAAUGAAGAAUGCACUCCUCUACAUGCUGCGGUUGCAAGUGCCCGGAAAAGCAGCGAACUGAUCAAGACUUUAAUAAAAGCAGGCGCAUCAGUUAACGAGGCGAACAAAUUCGGUUACACGCCGCUGCACAUCGCUGCUUUGAACGAGAGCUCGUAUAUAGUGGAAAUGUUGUUGUCAAAUGGUGGCAACGUAAUGGCGCGUACUAAAGACGGCGUCACCGCUCUUAGCUUCAUCGUACGCCAUACUCCGGAGGUGUUAUCGCGAUUUGAGACGCGUCUCGAUCAAGCAGUUUCAUUACACGCUCACGAGCUUGGCGAUAUGGACCGUGAACUGCGAGUGAAUUUUCGACCAUUGGUUCCAUUGGGCAGUCGCAACGAAACGGACCUGGUGCUCUGCCUAGUACAAGUCGGUCAAGGUCAUAUAUUGAAGCAUCCAUUAUGCGAGAGUUUUCUCCAUUUCAAGUGGAAGCGUAUUCGCAAGUUUUUCCUGCUCAGUCUUCUGUUCCAUUUAAUCUUUGUCGCUUUCUUUACCGGUUUCGUCUGCGCGACAUAUUUGUGGCACGAUGAACAACUGAGCAAAGUCUUCUUCUGGCCAGUAUUAACUAUUACCUGCUUAUUUGCGAGUAAAGAGAUCAUCCAAAUUACCUAUGGUAUUUGCUAUUAUGCUAAACGCUGGGAAAACUGGUUACAGUGCAGCGUGAUCAUGGCAUCCAUCAUCAUCUUGAUUCCUCCAGAGCGUCAAUGGCAACAUCACGUUGCUGCCCUAGGUAUUCUGCUGGCCUGGAUCGAGCUGAUGAUUGUGCUCGGUUAUUUUCCCAUGUUUGGCCUCUAUAUACAAAUGUUUACGCGAGUGUCCAUCAAUUUCUUCAAAUUUCUCGCAGCUUACUUUUGUCUUAUAAUCGGCUUCUCUCUUAGCUUUUGUGUGCUUCACGGCAAUUACAAAUCCUUCGCUGAUCCGCUGCUCAGUAUGCUUAAGAUAAUAAUUAUGAUGUCCGGUGAGCUGGAAUUCGAAGACGCUUUCUUCGAUAAAGAUCUUAAGUAUCCUGGCACGGCGUAUUUUAUACUUUUUUGCUUCGUUAUUCUGGUGACAGUGAUACUAAUGAAUCUAAUGGUUGGUCUGGCUGUGUCCGAUAUCCAGGAGUUACGUAGACGCGCGGGUCUCGAACGAUUGGUGCGACACGCCGAGGUAAUAGCUCGCUUCGAAAACAUGCUGUUCUCUAAGUUGCUUGAUUACAUUCCCGCGUGUAAAAUAAUACAAGCGUGCAGAAAGAAUAUACUAUUGUUGUAUCCGCAUCAUUGUGAUGACCUAUGUAUUCGGCCAACAAGUCUGCCACGAGAGAUCAUUCAAUCGUUGUAUCGUCUGGCCGGUGGGCAGAAAAUACUAGGAAAUAGCACUGAAUGUACUGUAUCUUCAUUAGAUUCAUUAGAUUCUGUAGAUUCAUUUUCCGAAAAAAUUACCAAAAAUAAAAUCAUGUUUGAUGGCUUGACGAACAAGAGAAUAUCGCCCGAGAGCAGAUUUGACGAUGCAUUUAUGACAUUAUUAACGUUGCCUUAUAUUUUAUAUCGUCGAAAAUUUAAAUAGCUUUAAAAAAGCAAAUCCGAAACUCGGAUGAUCUACAAAAACAGAAUCUAAAAUUCAAGGUACACUGUAAAAAAAAGUAUGUAAAAUUACACACAUAAUCAAUGUAACAAUUACGCUAUUUAUUUAUAAAGGAAAUAUAUGAAUUCAUGUAAGUAGUAAGACUAGGCGGGUUCUAACUCAGGUUCUCUCAGAGGGGGUGAGGCGCGAGGGGAACCGUGAUGCGCGUGAGUGACAUCAGGCACGGGGAAGGAGGAAUUGCGGUGCGCGGCGGGAGACGUCAUGAGCGGGGAAGAGAAAUCCGUGACGCGACCGAUGUACGAGGGGGUCCGCGCGGGCAAGGAGGAUCCGCGGCGCGACCGAUUGACGAGAGGAUCCGCGCGGGCAAGGGGGAUCCGCGACACGACCGAUGGAUGAGGGGUCCGCGCAGUGAAGGGGGAUCCGCGAAAAGAAGACGGUGGUGGGAGAAGUAUAGCGCUACGUGUGGGAAAAGGAUAGUGCCACGAGUGCGACAAGGAUGUCAUUAACGUGUGACAAGGACGUCAUCAUGGGACAAGGACGAUGCAAAGUAGACGGACGUGAGAAAGACAACGUAAAGUGAGCAACAAGUAUAUGAGAGAGAGAACGAUAAUAUUGUGAACAACGCGUGCGAGAGAGAACGAUAGCGCGAAGAUAACGUGUACGACGGAGAACAAUAGCGCAAGAACAACGCGUGCGAGAGAGAACGAUAAUAUCGCGAGACUUACAAUUAGCGCGUGAAAGAGAGAACGAUAGCGCGAAAACGAUGCAAAAGAGAAUGAUAAUAUCGAGAAUAACAACGCGUGUGAGAGAGACUUACAACUAGCGCAAGAGAGAUAGCACAAGGGAUGGGAGCGCAAGGAGAGGCGCGUAAAUAAUUAGAUUUUUU